CGGCCCUGCUCCCCAGCCUUCGCCCGGGCGCCCCACCUGCUUCCUCGGUCCCAGAGACCGAGCACCUGUCCUCCGCCUCGGCUUCAGCUGAGCCCCCCUCCUCCGGAGCGCGCACAGCCCGGCUGCCCGAGAAGUGCCCCAGCCUGUCGCCGGCGACCACCAUGGCGGAGACCAACAACGAAUGCAGCAUCAAGGUGCUCUGCCGAUUUCGGCCCCUGAACCAGGCCGAGAUUCUGCGGGGAGACAAGUUCAUCCCAAUUUUCCAAGGGGACGACAGCGUCGUUAUUGGGGGGAAGCCAUAUGUCUUUGACCGGGUGUUCCCUCCAAACACGACCCAGGAGCAAGUUUAUCAUGCAUGCGCCAUGCAGAUUGUUAAAGAUGUCCUUGCUGGCUACAAUGGCACCAUUUUUGCUUAUGGACAGACAUCCUCAGGGAAAACACAUACCAUGGAGGGAAAGCUGCAUGACCCUCAGCUGAUGGGAAUCAUUCCUCGAAUUGCCCGAGACAUCUUUAACCACAUUUACUCCAUGGAUGAAAACCUUGAGUUCCACAUCAAGGUUUCUUACUUUGAGAUUUACCUGGACAAAAUUCGUGACCUUCUGGAUGUGACCAAGACAAAUCUAUCUGUGCAUGAGGACAAGAAUCGGGUGCCAUUUGUCAAGGGUUGUACUGAACGCUUUGUGUCCAGCCCAGAGGAGAUUUUAGAUGUGAUUGAUGAGGGGAAAUCAAAUCGUCACGUGGCUGUCACCAACAUGAACGAACACAGCUCUCGGAGCCACAGCAUCUUCCUCAUCAACAUCAAGCAGGAGAACAUGGAGACCGAGCAGAAGCUCAGUGGGAAGCUGUAUCUAGUGGACCUGGCAGGGAGCGAGAAGGUCAGCAAGACCGGAGCAGAGGGAGCCGUGUUGGACGAAGCAAAAAAUAUCAACAAGUCACUGUCAGCCCUCGGGAACGUCAUCUCCGCGCUGGCGGAGGGCACAAAAAGCUACGUUCCCUAUCGUGACAGCAAAAUGACACGGAUCCUCCAGGACUCUCUGGGAGGAAACUGCCGGACAACUAUGUUCAUCUGCUGCUCACCGUCCAGCUACAACGAUGCGGAGACCAAGUCCACCCUGAUGUUUGGGCAGCGGGCAAAGACCAUUAAGAACACUGCCUCGGUGAAUCUGGAGUUGACUGCUGAGCAGUGGAAGAAGAAAUAUGAGAAGGAGAAAGAGAAGACAAAAGCUCAGAAAGAGACGAUCGCAAAGCUGGAGGCUGAGCUGAGCCGGUGGCGCAGUGGAGAGAACGUGCCUGAGACAGAGCGCCUGGCUGGGGACGACGCAGCCCUGGGAGCUGAGCUCUGUGAGGAGACCCCCGUGAAUGACAACUCGUCCAUCGUGGUGCGCAUCGCGCCUGAGGAGAGGCAGAAAUACGAGGAGGAGAUCCGCCGCCUCUAUAAACAGCUCGAUGACAAGGAUGAUGAGAUCAACCAGCAGAGCCAGCUCAUAGAGAAGCUUAAGCAGCAGAUGCUGGACCAGGAAGAGCUGUUGGUGUCCACCCGAGGAGACAAUGAAAAGGUCCAGCGGGAGCUGAGCCACCUGCAGUCAGAGAAUGACGCUGCUAAGGAUGAGGUGAAGGAAGUGCUACAGGCCCUGGAGGAGCUGGCCGUGAACUACGACCAGAAGUCCCAGGAAGUGGAGGAGAAGAGCCAGCAGAACCAACUUCUGGUGGAUGAGCUAUCUCAGAAGGUGGCCACCAUGCUGUCCCUGGAGUCUGAGUUGCAGCGGCUACAGGAGGUCAGUGGACACCAGCGAAAACGCAUUGCUGAGGUGCUGAAUGGGCUGAUGAAGGACCUGAGUGAGUUCAGUGUCAUCGUGGGCAACGGGGAGAUUAAGCUGCCGGUGGAGAUCAGCGGAGCCAUCGAGGAGGAAUUCACGGUGGCCCGACUCUAUAUCAGCAAAAUCAAAUCAGAAGUCAAGUCUGUGGUCAAGCGCUGCCGGCAGCUAGAGAACCUGCAGGUCGAAUGUCAUCGCAAAAUGGAAGUGACUGGGCGGGAACUCUCCUCCUGUCAGCUCCUCAUCUCCCAGCACGAGGCGAAGAUCCGCUCGCUUACAGAGUAUAUGCAGAGCGUGGAGCUAAAGAAGCGGCAUCUGGAAGAGUCCUAUGACUCCCUGAGUGACGAGCUGGCCAAGCUCCAGGCCCAGGAAACUGUGCAUGAAGUGGCCCUGAAGGACAAGGAGCCAGACACACAGGACACAGAUGAAGUGAAGAAGGCCCUGGAGGUGCAGAUGGAGAGUCACCGGGAGGCCCAUCACCGGCAGCUGGCCCGGCUCCGGGACGAGAUCAAUGAGAAGCAGAAGACUAUCGAUGAGCUCAAAGACCUGAAUCAGAAGCUCCAGUUAGAGCUAGAGAAGCUUCAGGCGGACUACGAGAAGCUGAAGAAUGAAGAGCAUGAGAAGAGCAGCAAACUCCAGGAGCUGACAUUUCUGUAUGAGCGACAUGAACAGUCCAAGCAGGACCUCAAGGGUCUGGAGGAGACAGUUGCCCGGGAACUCCAGACCCUCCACAACCUUCGCAAACUGUUCGUUCAAGACGUCACGACUCGAGUCAAGAAAAGUGCAGAAAUGGAGCCCGAGGACAGUGGGGGGAUUCACUCCCAAAAGCAGAAGAUUUCCUUUCUUGAGAACAACCUGGAACAGCUUACAAAGGUUCACAAACAGCUGGUACGUGACAAUGCAGAUCUGCGUUGUGAGCUUCCUAAACUGGAAAAACGACUUAGGGCUACGGCUGAGAGAGUUAAGGCCCUGGAGGGUGCACUGAAGGAGGCCAAGGAGGGCGCCAUGAAGGACAAGCGCCGGUACCAGCAAGAAGUGGACCGCAUCAAGGAGGCUGUUCGGUAUAAGAGCUCCGGCAAGCGGGGCCAUUCUGCUCAGAUUGCCAAACCUGUCCGGCCCGGCCACUACCCAGCAUCUUCACCCACCAACCCCUAUGGCACCCGGAGCCCUGAGUGCAUCAGUUACACCAACAGCCUCUUCCAGAACUACCAGAAUUUGUACCUGCAGGCUGCACCUAGCUCCACCUCCGACAUGUACUUUGCAAACUCCUGUACCAGCAGUGGGGCCACGUCUUCCGGAGGUCCCUUGGCUUCCUACCAGAAGGCCAACAUGGACAAUGGAAAUGCCACAGAUAUCAAUGACAACAGGAGUGACCUGCCAUGCGGCUAUGAGGCUGAGGACCAGGCCAAGCUGUUCCCUCUCCACCAAGAGACGGCAGCCAGCUAAUCUCCUUACGGACUGCCGCAUACCUGCACUUUCAGGUAGCUCCAGGCUGCUUUCUCUGACCAGCCUCAGGGUGCCUCCUGUCUUCCCCUCAACCUCUUCGUUUCUCCUGCUUUUUUUAUCGUCUCAAAACUUUUAAUAUGUAGUUGUCCCUCAGCUCCUGCCUUCCCUUCCUAGGGGCUACUUCGGUGCUGGCCCACGGGCUGUGGACACUGACC